UAGUCUUCUCUCCGGCGCCGCGCGUGGUGAGCGGCCCGCGUCGCGUCGAGGAGCGUCCCGGACCGGGCGUCGUCAGGGCGGUGCUAGUGGCAGCCGGCAGCGGUCCGGGGCGCGCCUUCCAAAGGGCUCCGCGCGUAGGAAAGCGCUAGCGGGAUGUAAGACACUAGGCCGGUUGGCCGGUUCGGAUUUUGGUCGGCACACAGCGGUGCGUGCACGCGUUGCGGCAGCCAGGCGCCGCGAGAAAGCAAUGUGUUGGGUCGCAACCUAGCCAUCGUACAACUGCGGGCAGCCGACACCGCUCCACCGAUGGACCCCAGCGACCCGUCGUACGGCACGGCCGUGGGCCACGGCUACUGCAUCGGGGAUCGCGUCGAGCUCCAUUCGCUCAAAGGGGCCGCGGAGCACAACGGCAAGCGCGGCACCGUGACCGGUGCGCAGAACGAGCGCAUCAAAGUGAAAUUGGACGGAGACAAGUCGCUCGCGCUCAAACCCGUCAACCUGACGAAGCUGGACGCGACGCCGCCGAAGCCCAAGCCGCAGGCACCGGCGAAGCCGCCGCCGCCGCGCGCCGCCCGCUUCACGGAACCGGCGCCGACGCAGAAGCCGCAGAGCGCCGACGCCCGCUUCACGGACUUCUUCGCCGAGGACAAGAAGGAGGCGCCGACGUCAGAUGAUGCGGAGAUUCUCGCGAUGGAGGCGAACAUCAAGGAAUACAAAGCGCAAGAAAAAAGGAGAGCCAUCAAGGCCGCGAAGGCGCGCGCCGCGCGGCAGGAGCGCGCCAUGAAAGCAAAAAUUAUUGAGGAACGUUCCAAGAAACAGCAGCGGGAGGCCGAGGAGGUCUGGGUCGACGGGCGGCGCGUUGACGAGAAGCAGUCGUCAUCAUCGUCUGACGAAGACGCCGUCGAUGAGCUCCACGACUGCAAACCCACGAAGAGAAAAAAAUCAUGGUUUAAUUGGUCAAAGCCAGAUGAAGACGUGGCUUUAACUGCCGAUGAAUUAGCGUAUGCGGGCGAUUUCGGGACGGACGAGGAGGCGCGCGUGCAGAGGAAAUUAGUACCAAAGCGGCCGCGGCCGACGGACUGGGAAGAACUCCAGUCGAAAGCUCUAGCGAUCAAGGACUGCCCCGUCCCGCGCGAAGAUCCGGAAGGCGCCAUCAAGUUUUUAUCGAGGCGGUUAAGGCGUUCACGAGAUGUCUCCUCAUCUUGCAGAGCUUGGUUCGCCGUUCAUGAAUUGCUGGCCGCGGCCUUUCUGAGGCUGGAAGAACAGUCCGUAUCCGUGCUCAAGUCGGCCCUGUACCAUGAUGAGCGAUGCUUGGAAGGUGUGGCGAAGGCCGGUCGAGGACCGCUAGACGCGGAACGGCCUAGGAUAGAGAGGCGCGCGGCGCAGACGUGCGGCAAGCUAGGCGACGCGUUGAAGCGGAAGGGUCUGCCGCCGUCCCAACGGCGCAGUUUAUGCAGGAAGGAGUGCGAAUUGGCCGAUCUCGCGGCGGAGAAUAGUAGGUACGUCGACGACGACGAGCUAGCUAAAGUCGCUAGAAUUGCGGCCUUGGAGCUGAAGGGCACGGCGUAUCUACGGUUAUGUAGGUUAGAGCAAGCUGAUGCGGACGCCGGCGAGGCGAGACUACCUCCAGCAUCUCUGAAAGCUCUUGGCAGUGCCGUCGAAGCGUUCGAGGAGGCCUGUGCGGACGUAAAAACGGCGGACGGCGACGCUCUGGCGCGCUUCGGCGCGUCGCUCGAAGCUCGAGCCGUCGCGUCCCGGAAAGAGGCGGUUGAUCCCGUGGAAUUAAGACGAGCCCUGGAGGCUCUAGGUGCUGCAUGCGACAGCGACUGUCGAACGGGCAAUAAAAAGGAAGUCCAGACCCUGCAGGCGUCUACAUCAUUGUACGCUGCAAGAGUGGCCUUCCACCUCCUGAACCGGGGCGAGGACGAUGAGAGGUUUAUUCAAGCGUUCGCCAAGGAAGUAGUGCUGCGGGCGGCCCACUCCGCGUCCUUGAAACCGUCCCUGGAAGCUGAUUAUCUCGAGGCCGCCGGGUCGUUGCGAGAGGACUCGGACUAUGGCAGGAAGACUGCUCUCAAAGCGCUCGAACGGGCUCGAGCGUCCUUGCAGAUGGAAAUACGAGCUGAGCGUCCGAAGGAGAACAAUCGGAAGCAGGACGCCGAACGGGCGAAGAAGCGAGGCGAUCGGGAAGCUGUUGAGAGGGUGGAAGCCGUGUCGCGAGCGUCGCGGUGGCGCUUCGCGACGCUACACCGGGAGACCGAGCGAGCAUUGGGAUUGGUCGCCAACCGUUUAGGACAGAGAAAAAUGGCAGUGGACGCCUGGGAAAAAGCGUGCGCCGGCGUCGAUUCUUCCUGUAGAAGUGAAUUGAAGAAGCGGCCGGACGCAUCGACGUGUACGAACUUGGAGCUCGGUGCCAUCCGCUCGUUGAUGAAAGAUUAUAGAGGCUCGGCCGAGGCCUACGAGCGGGCCUGUGAGGCGUCGCAGCGGGUAGCUGCGCUGGCAUCAAUGGCCAAGGACCCAUCGAGGUGUGAACGGGCCGUCCAGUUAUGUACUCAAGCGUCCGAUGCUGGUGUACAUGCGACAAUCACUGCAAUACAAAACGAGUACAAGAAGUGCAAGUGGGACUUUUGCGAAGGGAAAUGGCUCAAAGUUCGCGGUACGGCCGAUGCGUUGUUGUUACUGAGGCUCGCGGAAGGCAAACUAGCCGCUCAAAGGGCUCUGAAAUUGGGUCCCUGCGUCCAGCAACUCAAAGAUAAAUUAGAUGCCAAGACCCUAAGUGCGCUGCGCGACUUGGAGACCAAUAUGAAGAAGGCAGCAGUAGCCGCGAAGCCGGCGUUAGUGGCCUCGACGCAAGUCGCGUCGCCUCCCGCGCCGCCUAGACUGGAAGUCGUGAGAAGUGUAUCAUUGUCAGAAUUGGCGGAGGGGCCCGCACUACUGAGAAAGACGGCUUCAUUAAUAGAAGCCGACGCGGACGUCGAGCAGUGUUCCUGGGGCCUCGAGCGGUUAAGUCAUGCGCCCCACUUGAGUGUUCAAUUAGCUUGUGGUCCUCGGGACGCGCGGGGCGACUUGGAGGCUAUUUUACGAGACGAGAACGACGUCGUGGUUUCGUUCUUCGUUUCUCACCAACAGCUGAUUGGCGUGGCCUUCGGGGACAAACUGAAGACCGCGCGACUAUUUGUUUCUUCUAAUAUUUCAAUGGAGAAGACCGUGGAGCAGGCCAUGCGGGCGCGCGGGAAAGCCGCGAGGUCUUCGGCUCUAGAUUUAGCGCGUAUUAUUGCAAUUGACGAGUUGAGGGAUGUAUUUCCCUCAGCAAAAGACUGGGCCUUCUGUAUGACAGGAUUGCCAAAAAUACCCUUCCACGCCUUACCUUUGGCGAACGGCGCGUCUCUCCUCGAUAGUGUCGUGGUACGCUACGGUUCGAGUGUAGCCGAGCUCGCAUCCAUCGAAAAACGUAGUAAAGUGGGAGGCACGCUACUCGCAACAAUCGCGCCGAAGCCCGAGCAACAAACGGACGGCGCUUUGUUGGAACAUGCGUCAGUGAAGAAGGGCUGGCGCUGCGCCAAGGUGACCAUACCCUGCAAGAGUGUCCCGGCCCUGGUCAUGGACACUUCCGGAAAGGAGGCGGGUGCCGAUCUACUGGAUGCGAAUAUGGUCUACUGGUCCACGGCAUCGAUCGACGGAGACGGUUUGAAAUUGAAGGAGCAAGGCUGGGAGCAGACCUUUCCUUCCUUACAUUUAUGUGCCGUCAAGGAGCUGCUACCCGCUUGUGAUUGCUUGUUCAUCCUGAAAUCUUCCGGAGACGUCUCAAAAACAUCAGAAGUUCGUUCUGCUUUACACCUGACGGGCGCGUCUUCGGUCGUGUUACCUGCCUUACAAGCGCCGCCCCUAUCUACGGAUGGCAAGGAGGCGUGCUUGUUGCGAGCCUUGGUGAUGCUGGCCUUCCUGAAAUAUCUCAGGAAGCACGAGAAGACUAACAGGUGUACUGCGCAUGCUCUAAGGGACGCGCAGCGGUGGUUGCGAGAUGCUACCUUACAGGACGCGCGUAAACUCCUCCAGAAAGCGCCACUCGAUCCGACGGAGAAGAAGGAAUUCGCCACAUCUCUCUUAGAUGCGUUCUCUGAUCUAAAUACGAAGCUGGCGCCCGACCUUUGUGAUUGGGCGGGGUUCUCGCUCUCGGGGUCCGGGAGAGGCUUGCAGGGAGCGGGCUGGACGGAGAAGGAUAAUAAUUAUGUGCUGGGCAACGACGACUCGUCGGAAGCAUCAUCAGAUGAGGAAGCCGACGCCGGGGACAAGUACUUCGCUGCGCAAUUUGAUGAGUUCUGCAACACGCGCGAUGGCCGGAGAUUGGUCCGGGAGCUGGGCCCGGAGAAAGCUCUCAAGCAGUGGAAACAAAAAGUAGCGCGCGACAAGCGCGUUGCCGCGACGUCUAGAGCAUUGGCGGGCGCGCGGUCGUCCGUGACCUCCGGAAGUGCGAAAGCUAAAGCUGCCGCGCGGCGCGCCAAGGCCAAGGCUGCUUUAGCUGGUGGAGCUAUGAAGCUGGCUGCGGAGAAGCAGAAAAACAAAGAGUCGGGGGCGUGUGUAGUGUCUUAGCCUC